AUGGACCCAGCAUCGGCAAUCGGCGUGACAUCCGCCGUCAUAACUUUCCUAGAAUUCAGUUGGAAAGUUGUGCGCAACGCCAAGGAAAUUUACGACUCCGCCGACGGAUGUUCAAACGAUAAUCUGACCAGGGAGUCGGUCGCGAGAUCUAUGCAGGCAUUUUCAAGGAAGCUUCAACCGCCUGAUUCGUCCGCAAUUACCCCAGAGUAUGAAGGCAUCUGCAACCUUUCCAGUGAAUGCCAGAGUAUAUCUAGCGAGAUCUUGAAGAUUUUUAACUCUGUCAAGAUUGGGGGAGACAAAUCAAAAUAUGCAGCUUUUCUAGCAGGACUGAAGACCUGGAGGUGUAAGAAGGACCUGAUACAGUUGGAGGAGAGGCUCACGCAGUGCGGCGCCCAGCUCUCACUUGAGCUCUCGUAUCUCAAAAGUGAACAGAUGACAUACUCGUUAGAUCAAAUCCGCUCACUGGUAACUGAUGAUACUUCCAAGCUUCAACAAAUUCAACGAAACGUUGACGAGCUUCGUCAAACGGCCGAGGCAAACCUGGGCACCGACAUCCUGGCUCAGGUUCGUGACAUUCUUCAACGACAGGAUGCCGUCCUGGAUAGGGUUUGCCAAGAUCGUAUCUUGAGGAGUUUAUGUCCGAGCGACAUGGAUUCGAGAUAUAACCAAGUGCAUCUACCAGCAGAUGAAACCUUUACAUGGGUUUUAGAUCCUAAACAACGAAGAAAGUCGAACUGCUCGACCAAAGACGAUGAAUCUGAUCGACCAAGUGGAUAUUGGGUUUCCCGACAACGUCAGAUGCAGUUACAAUCCAACAAGAAGUUUGUGGACUGGUUAGCCGUUUCUGAUGGCAUAUUCCACGUCAGUGGGAAGCUCGGAUCGGGAAAGUCUACUCUAAUGAAGCUUCUCUAUACUCAUCCUCGCACCAGGAAGGAGUUGGAGGUUUGGUCUGCCAGUAAAAAACUGUUCAUGUCAAACUUUUACUUUUGGAAACCUGGUACAAGUUCACAAAACUCUUUGAAUGGUCUGUACCGGUCCCUGUUAUACAGUAUCCUCACCGAAUAUCCCGAACUUAUCCCGUCAGUGCUACCGGGCUAUUGGGACCAAGCAAAGAAGGAUAGAGCAGUUAUACAAAGUCCGUUUCUCAUCUCUCCAGAGAUCAUCGAACGCUCCUUGUUCAUGCUCCUGAAAAAUGAAUUAUUCUACAAAUCACGUCGGUUGUGCAUUUUCAUUGAUGGGCUUGAUGAAUUUGUCGGCAGCGGACAACAUGACUACAGAACCCUGGUCGACAUACUGGAUACUUGGGUGCAAGAUUCCCAUAAGAACCUGAAGCUUUGUGUGUCUAGCAGGGAAGAGAAUGUAUUUAUGAACCGAUAUCAGGAGUAUCAACGACUUCGACUUCAUCAAAUGACCUGGUAUGACCUACGUGGAUACACGAAAAAGAAUUUAAGCCACCUUCAAAACAAGGCUUUACCUGACAAGCUUUCUUAUGAAGUCGCAAGCAAGGCACAGGGUAUAUUUCUGUGGUGUACACUUGUUGUACAAGCGCUACGGAGAGACAUUGAGGUUGACCCACACAACUCAUUUGCCGGAUCAUCCGUGAGGGAAUCUUCUAUUAUGGAAUUACUCGACGAACUUCCAACCGACCUGGAAGACAUCUUCCGAUACAUUCUCAACCGCCUAUCUAGACGCAAAAAGAGGAAUUUAUAUCAAACUCUAUCGAUGUUAAAGGUUUCUGCUGAAUCCCCAGAAAUAAACCCGGUGACUCUGUGGCUCAUCGCGUACUCAUUUCUUGACGAGUACAACAAGGACGCCGGAUUUGCCCUCAUCCGAGAAUCUGACGAAGGUCCUAAUGGUAACACAGCUUCAAGAGAAGAAAGAAUGAAAUAUGCUCUGAGGAAGCUUCAACAUGAAUCUGGAGGCUUGCUUGAAGCGGUUGAGAAUACGUUAAUGGGGAGAGAUGAAAUGGCAUGGCGGGAGCUGGGUUACACGUCCGAUGGCCCCAAUCGGCCCAUCGCCAUUAGCUAUGUUCAUAGAUCUGUGCCUGAGAUCCUCGAAAGAAGCGAGUUCGCGUCGGAAAGAAAGGCUAUGCUUGGCAGCUUCAACGCAGCAGAUGCCAUUGCAAACCUAUCUUUAGCACAUUGGCGUUUUUGCGUAGGGUCAAUGCCACAAAAUCCGAACCUUUUCCCUGGACUCGCACGUUUUGUUCUGGAAAUAUCCUCUGAUAAAACGAACUUCAAAUUCUUGGAUACGUUGGACUUUUUAUCUCAGGGUUACGUCUGCGAUGAGGCCGGCAACUGCGCUGUUCCAUUCAUAUAUGAUAGCGAUACCAGAAGACGCAUAAUAGGGUGGGUGACUCCAAAUUAUCAUACGGCGGAAGAAAACAGAACGCACGGCAAUUUCAACACACUAUUUAUGGCACUAAAGUUCCGUCGCUACGACUAUGUUCUUUGGAGGAUGCAACAUCGUGCACAUGGAAUUGGCUCACCAAUAAAGAAAGCCAUGCUUGCUGCUAUACUCUUUAGGCACCCAGUACCUGAGCAUGUCAGUGGCGACCUAGAGCAUGAGUUAUUCAAUAUUGGAUGUUUCGCAGACUCCUUUUCCACAGGGUUCACUCAACUCCCCUAUAAUGAUAAAAAUCUCCAUGUGCACAAUGUGGAGUGUUUGACGAUAUGGCGGGACUUCUUGGCAGUAAAUUGGUACUUUUGGUAUCUGUACGGAUCCAUAGACCGAAGAGGAUUUAGUCACUGGCUUGAAAGUUUCCUCAACAGGGGAGUUCUUUGCGAAUUUGAAGUCUUCAUCACACGAUCGACUGAAAAAGAAUAUGCGACUAUUAAUCUCGGAGAUGUCGAGGUAAGGAUGUGGUCAGAUUACGCAACGGAUUCAUCAGAGUAUCAGAAAACGGUGCAAGCCACACGUAUUUUCGACUCUGAUACUGUCUACACACUCGCAGAUUGGCUUCGAGUUAUCGAUUUGCCCAAUCUGGACCGGAUCCUCUUUUUACUGGAAGAAAACAACAGUGUUUUAAGUCAUCACUGUGCGAACGAAGAAAGCCUACAGGAUCCCUUCACUUGUUUUCUUGGUCGGGCUUGCAUUCCACCUGCUGUUCCUAUGGAGUUAGGGAAUGCUUAUACCACGUUGCAGGUUAUUUUGAGCGAGGCAAUUGGAGGUUAG